AUGCUCGUUAGGUUGUUGCGUCUUGCCUCGCCCGUCCAACAUCCACAUCGUUUACUCUCUUCGCAAGCGCUUAGAUCACAUUAUGAUGUAGUUGUGGUCGGUGGUGGCAUGGUUGGAUUUGGUUUUGCUGCGUUUGCAGGCUUACAACCAAUGUUGCGAAAUAAAAGAAUUUUACUGAUUGAGGGUGGGCCCAAGAAGGAGUAUGUCAAACGUCCCAAUCAUUGCGUACGCGUGGUUGCAAUUACCCCCACAAGUCGUAGUCUUCUGGAAGGGGUGGGUGCAUGGAGUGAAAUCGAGAAUACACGUUAUAGGGCCAUCCAAAAGAUGAAGGUUAUCGAAAACGGCACAUCAGCUAGUCUUCUUCUGGAACGGUCAAAUCCGAACGAUGUGAUGGGAUACAUAGUCGAAAACGACCUCAUAGUGUCAUCUCUCAUAAAGCCCGUUGAGAAAUUCGCAGCCGAAUCUGGUACCGAUGCUCGUCCUGGAUCUAUUGAGGUGUUGUACGAUACGGUGGCAGAAAACUUGCGUAUGCCGAAAGCGUUUUCUGAUCCCGAUUUCCCUGAGUUAUCCAUUCGUCAACGCGGCACGGAUGAAAAAACUACCAUUAAAACAUCUUUAUUGGUGGGAGCUGACGGAUUUGAUUCAGACGUUCGAAAAGCCUCAGGCAUUCACACAAUCGGGUGGCAGCAUGAUCAAUCGGCAAUUAUUGCAAACCUUAAUCUUGGUCCUGAAUAUGAUUACACGGUUGCGUGGCAGCGCUUUACCGAGACUGGUCCAAUAGCUUUCUUACCGUUCGGUCCGGAGAGAUGCUCUGUGACCUGGAGUACAACUCGAUCCGAGGCGAAGCGUCUGAUGGCUCUCAGUGACGAGGAGUUUGUUAAUGAACUCAACUGCCACAUGUCACAGCCCUGCUAUCAGCCAAGUGGUUUCGUCUCCGCUCUCUCAAAUAUCAUCCGUAUGAGUGUGUCGAAAAAGCAAACCUCCUUUGUUCCACCUAAGGUGCUCUCUGUGCAGCCUGGCACUCGGACUCAGUUUCCUCUCAGUUUCAGUCACUGCACCUUCUAUCAUGGACCUCGGGUGGCCCUCAUUGGAGAUGCGGCCCAUCGUAUAUUGCCGCUUUCUGGCCAGGGUGUGAACAUGGGCUUUGGGGAUGCCGCUUGUCUUGCUGAAACCAUUAAUCGGUCUCUUUUCUGUGGCGAGGAUAUCGGUAAGUUGAUGAAACCGACGCAUUUCAUGCGCUGUUUGGUAGGGCCAAAGAUGCGACUUCUUAACUCACUAACUCACGCUUUUGAGAUGCUCUACAUUACCAAUUAUCAAUUUGUUCUUAUAUUGCUCUGCACCUCGGAUUCCAGGCACCUUUCUCACUUCACCUCCGAGCGUCAGCGCUCAGUCUUGCCUUUGGGUGUCUUUAUUGAGAGCAUUCAGGCACUAUAUGCGCCUGACGAGGUAUUUGGUGGACCUCUAAAGAUGGACGGACCUCUUGCCUCAAAACUUGCCCUAAUCCGUCGCCUCAGCGCACGUUGCGGCGUCUCUGACGCUGUGCUUAGUCUCAGGGGUCUGGGUCUUGACCUCGUUGACGCCUGCAUCCCACUCAAGCAAUUUCUUGUGGAGGGAGCCGUCAAAGGUCGUAUCCAUUUACCAUCAUCCUGCUGGAGUGCGUAA